AUGCAUACCCAGCAGCUGACACAUAUUGUUGUCGGCCCUGGUCCUGAUGAUGUUGCACCAAUCACCAGUCACAACAUCGACGUAGCCAGCUUCGCGCGAGAGGAAGCCCUUCUGCAAGAAUCUGUCCUCAAGCUAUGCCCUGCCAACCUCUGGCACAAUGGCUCUUACGCCUCUGGAUGUCCGCGUCCUGUCCUCGUUGGUGAACAUCACCAGCAGCAGAUGAAGGAUCUGCAUGAGGCUUUGACAGCAGCCAUUGCAGAUAUUGUGCAACGAUGGUGGAGUGACACAAAUGCACGGUUCCCCGAACGCAUGCCACUGGAGCCGAGAGAAGAGGAGCUACUGCAAUGGAUCGAGACACAGGUUGAGAUCGGCAACUUGGCUCCAUUCUCCCAGCGUCUUGGCUCAUGGCGCCCUGACUUUCUGGUUGAAGAGACAGCCAAGUGUCAAGAGAACUACUGCAUCACCGAGAUAAAUGCACGGUUCUCCUUCAAUGGCUUCAUGCACGAAGCGUAUGGCCAGGAAGCUAUCAAUCGGAAUGUGCGGGGUGAGGAAACAGGCCUCAUUGGCGCGACAGAGCCAGGGAUGAUCUUGCAAGGGUUGUUCAGCUUGUUCGAUCCCAGCUAUCCCUUGCAUCUGCUCAAGGGCGACGAAAAGGGCAUUGAUAUUCACAUGUUUAUCGAUGCUGUCGAGCGUCGCUUUGGCAUCAAGCCAAGACUUGUUACCCCGGAGCAGCUAAGAUUACUCCCAGACGUGCGCAGUAAGACUGGAUACCGACUUUGCUGCGUCGUAAAGGGUAUUGAUGAGCCGGCGGUAAACAGUUGGAGGUUCAAAGCCAAGAAUGGGGAGGUCUGGGAAGAGAUUCACCAGGUCGGGCUGGAACUGCACCAGCGGGAACUCGAUGCAUUGGAUCUGGACGUUUUACGACAGAUCAGUCUUCGAUGCUUCAACGAUAUGCGUACCGUAUUACUCGUGCACGACAAACGCAUGUUGGGCAUAAUACGGCAAGAGUUGCCUAGGUUGAUGGCCCGUGGCGUUCUGACCGAGACGCAAGCUGAGGCUCUUGAGAGUAACAUCGUGGAUACGAUCCUCCCCGGUUCCACGGAAUUGGACACUCUCAUCCAAACAGGUCCCCAAUUACGCCAGGGUUACAUCCUGAAGCCCAUACGCAGUGGCAAGGGAGAUGGCAUCAUCUUUGGCGACGAUCUGACAGCGGAUGAAUGGACGGCUCGUCUCCAGGGUCUCAGCUCCGCCAAUAUCAUACCCGGAGUAUCGUGUGUUGUGCAACGACGAAUCGUUCCCAUCGACUACGACCUUGUGUUACGUGCCUCGGUUGGAAUGGUGCAAUAUCCAUUGGUAGGUACAUAUCAUGUCGCCAAUGGUAAACUAUUGGGGCUUGGAACAUGGAGGGCCAGCGGAGGACGCAUCGUCGCUGUGUCUUCUGGAGGAUCAUGGCUUUGCUCUGUGAUGAGAAAGUAG